GGUCUUCGCUGUCUACACAAAACAUGACAGUGACAAUGGUCCUGAUGACCCUUCACCUGGGCCAAUAAUGACUAGAGUCAGAAAUAAGAGCAAGGGUCUGAAGUGGAUCUAUUGCCCACGAUGCUACGGUAUUCCAAGUGAAGGAGAAGACAUGAUAUGGUUAAGCCUCUGGAAGUUGGAGGAGCAGGUUCACUUAGAAGGUGGCGAUGAAGUGGUUGUUUCAGUAAUAAUGCAACCUUGGCUUCAGGUCAAGGAGUUUGGCAUCCAGCUUCAAGAGAAGACUGUUUCCACAGAAUCUUCUUAUUAUCCAUGUGUCGUGAGUGGAGAUUUGUAUCAAUAUCAGCCAGGAGUAUACUUGCUUUCCGAAAGAUAUGAGCCACCACUUGAUCCGAUUUGGUUUAAUAAGAUCCUUGGGGACUCUGAUGAUGAAGAUACGACAGACAAAGAAGAAGAGAAACAUUAUGAUCAAACAAUUGCAGCCACGACAGGCAGCAGCAAAACUGGCAGCCUCCGUGGCUGGAAGGUGAUCAUCACCGCCGCUUGCUUCUUUCUCACGCUAUCUCUUAUCACCCGGUCUUCUCUCUCACACAAAAAGAAGCGACAGUCAACAGGCCGUGGAUAAACUUUUUGUACCUGAAGUGCAUACAGUUGUUCUUGCAUAUAUCCAAUGCUUUCCUUCCUAAGACCUAUUUCGUUUUGUAGCAUCAAAUGCAUCGAUCUUCUUCAAAUAUGUAUCAUGCAAUGCAAUGUUCUCUUUUGAUUCUUUGAGC